GCCGUCGUCGUCCGCGCCCCAGGCAGCGCUCGACUCGUCCCAGGAAGCCAGCUGUCCUCGGCUCGUCCCAGCCAGCCAGCGGUCCUCGCGUCGUCCCAGCAACCCAGCAGUCCUCAGCUCACCCAGCGACCCAGCGACCGUCGCAAGCCGCUCGCAGCCAUGAAGCGUGGAGGGCCGGGCGGCUCAGACCAGGAAGAGGAGGAGCAGCCGCCGCCCAAGCGCAGCACGCGCUUCGUACGCAUUCUGACGGUGGUGGGCUACAUGAUCUGCGUCUCGUCGGCGGCCGUCAUGCUGUCGCUCUACUACAUCUUCCUGUGGGAUCCGUACGGUGGUGACGGGUCGCCCAGCGCGCUGCCGCUCGUGCAGGGGCGGCACAGCCUCGAUCUGGCCCCGGCCGCGGACGGUGCUGGCCACCAGAUGCAGCACGCCAGCCUCGCCUAGGUCACAGCGCCCUUGGGUAGCCGAACAUACGGCACGCUAAUGGAAGCCCUUGGAAACCGACGGAAAGACGGUACCAGGCCGCUCAGACACCCGCCCUCCGCCGGCGUUUCAAAACGGGGCUUGCGCGGCCCCGCGCGCUGUCAGCGGCUCUCGUACCAGGACAGACGGAAUCGCUCCUGUGACAUCUGCGGCUCGUGAUGUAGCAGCGCGCUUUGCCGUCAUCGAUAUGCACGUCGCGUGUCGAUGCAAGACGUUGCAGCCGUGCUCCAUGCACGCGUUUGUGGUUGUUGCUUGCGUUCGACAUGCAUUCCCUUUGCGUUAGCUGCAAAGUGUUCAAAGACAGCCCCAGAGUUCAUGGCUACUUUGUCACUUAAAGAGUUCCAUGACAAUUGCGUACUCCUGUAUACAGUAUAUCUGCCUGGCUCGAGUUGGCUUUAAUCAGUCCGUUGUUCACAGGAUGCAGAUGUGUGUCAAUGUAAUUAAUUAAUGCUCACGACCAGUCUCAUAUCGAGUUGGUUGACUACCGCGUAAAGAACAAUGCGUACUAAUGACGUUUAUGGUUGACCAUAAGUUAGCUUAAUUGCGCUUUUUAAUAUUCGUACGAUUCCCAACAUGAGCGUGGUCCCAUGCUGAUUGUUGUAUCAGAAAAUUACUGUUGAUUUCCCGAAACGAAGAAAUGAAUCUAUGCGAGGCGCGUGUAUUAUGAAGUGUAUUCUGAACUCAAAGUUUAUUUUCAAGUCUCAGAAAUAAAUAGUGCCGAUAUAGUUAUUACAAUUUACUUGUUUUUUUAUAUUUUUAUGUGCAAUGUUCGUUUAACAGCGCCAUAUAUAGCAAUUGCAAUGAGGACUAGUAGGAAGCAAAAUCAUGAUGAUAAUAAUAAUAUAUUGGGA